AUGGUGAACUUCAAACAGCUCUUAGUAGCCACUGGCCUUCUCUUUCUCAACUUCUUGGGCCAGGCUCUCGCCACAAAGACUGGCCAUUCUCGCUCCGGUGUGGGAUACCGUGCCAGGCGAGACAUUGACCCUGCCGCCCUCCCAGCGGACCUUGAAGCCCGCGACCCCUGCUUUAGUCUCGUUGGCCUAGCCGCCAACGCUGGUCGCAGGGCCGUCUCGCAAGUUGUAAAGCCCAAGACUGGCCAGAAGAAGAAGAAUAAGAAGAAGGAGAAGAAGCAAAGUGGCAAACCACGGGCGAAGCUUUCAAGGAGGCAGGUGGUCCGAAAGAGGCCUGUCAAGGGAUAUGGACCUCCCCGCAAGCCAGCGAGGCCCAAGGGAAAGGGAAAGACAACAGCGCGUAUGCUGGUAGACUGCACACGAGAAUUCGCCUAG